GCCCAAAACAGAAAGCUGUCCUCGAGACAACUCGCCCAGCAUAGUUUGAAUUCAAAUAACGCUUCAUUGAUUUAAGCUCAUAUCAUGGCAGAUGACGAAGAGCGCAUCAAGGCUGAGAAGCUAGCUGCCGCCAAAAAGAGGGUAAGAGUUCCUAACUCUGGUUACUACUGUUACUACAUUGCGGGGGUGGUAGUAGCUAAUAGCUGUUUCCUAUAACCCCACAGGUGGCACAGCUUCAGAAACAGAAGAAAAAGGCCGGCAAGAAGGGGUCGACUUCAGAAGUCCCGAAAGAUAUAGCCGCUACCCCUGAACAAGAUGCCCCCGCGGAGGAACCGCCUAGUGAACCAGUGCCGGUGAAAGAGGUUACGGCAGGAGAUGCGGAGGAGAAACCAGCAACACCAAAGACGGAGACAGCUGAAGAGGAGCAUGGAAGUCCAGAGAAACCCGAACAGACAACAGAAUCAUCCGCUGAACCCAUGCCGGAGGCUCCUACGGAUUUACCGUCUGAAACCGUUCCCGAAGGCACGAGACCUGACGUCCCCCGAGGAACACAUGGCCGCCAACCAUCCCUAUCAGUGCAGUCUAAGUUACGAUCGUCUUCUUUCCGCAGCUCGUAUACCUCCCAAGGUGCUACUUCGCCGCCGUCUGCAGCAGGUAAAGCCUCUCCACUGCCUCCAUUGACCGCCGAUGGAGACUCCGUCCAUGAGGUCUUCCGGAAACAUACCGCGCGAAUCGAGGAGCUUGAAAAGGAAAACAAGAGGCUUGAAAGGGAAGUGGAGGAUGCGAAUACAAUAUGCAGGAAAACAGAGGACCAGCUGCAGGAGCUUCGGGAGGCUAAUGUGGACACCACGGAGCUGAAGGAGAAGUUGGAGCAGGCGGAGAAGAAGGCUGCCGACAUAGAGGCCUUGAAAGCGGAGAUCGCAUCCCUGCAACGACAGAAUUCGCAUCUCCAGACAAAAGCCCAGCGUCAUCCGAGCGCUUCCGCGCCAGGCACAUCCGAAUCACCCCCCUCCGAUCUUGUGCAACAAUUGGAGUCGAAGUCCGCUACGAUUGAAGCGAUGGAAUUGGAAAUAUCUAACCUACGCGCCCAGCUGACGUCACAGGCCUCUUCGAGCAGUGCUCGUCAAGCGCAGAUCGCAGCCCUGGAAGAGAAACUGACCAAGAGCGAAUCUACUCUUGAGAAGACAGAGCGGGAAUUAGCAGAUACCAAGCAUGCUCUUACGCGAGCCUCUGAGAAGGCAGUCAAGGAAGGAGUCGACAAGACCUCCACCGAAACGCUAAUUAAGACAUUACAACGGGAGAUCGAGGAGCUGCAACAUGAUAAGACAGAAGCGGAAAAGAAGAUCGACACAUUAGAGAAGAAACUCCAAGCCCUAGGAAAUCUACACCGGGAAUCCGAAAGCAGACACCAAGCCCGACUCCGCGAGAACGAAAAGACGGAGAAAGAAGCAGCAGUAUUACGGAAGAGACUGGCGAGUAUUGAAAACGAGAACCUCCGCCUUCGCGAAGAGCGGGAUCGGGUGAGAAAGCGCGACAGCACGGGUGGUGCUGACGACGAAGCACUCGAUGAACUCGAAGACGAAGGACGAGCCCGACUAGAGCGCAGAAUCCGCCAACUCGAAGGCGAGAUUUUCGACCUCCGCCGUGGAAUCUGGAAGGAAGAGCGCCAAGAGCUCGCAGGCGAGCAGGGGGAACAAGACAUCUCUAUACCUCCUGAGUCAUCGGCAACAGCAGCAGCGAAUACAUUCGACGACGUUGAUCUCGUAGGAGGCCUCCCAGACCAUUCCCGCCGCCGCAGCCUCUCCCGUCGCCAGCAGCACUCCUCCCUAUCUACAGUCCUCUCCAGCGGUCUCGCCGCUUUCACCGGCAGCUCCAGUCUCACCGGCCACCGCAGCCGUCCCCUCUCGUCAUCGAAUAGAGCCUCGCCCGGAACAAGAGGGAGUCUCGAACUCCUCUCCGAAGAGAAUCUAGACGACGACUUCGACGAAGCCGAAUUCGCACGCGCGCAAGCAGAGGAGGAGGCCCGGAAGCGUGUCGAAUGGGCUCGGGAAAUUAAGAGUAAGCUUAAGGAUUGGAAGGGCUGGCGGCUGGAUUUGGUAGACAGUCGUGCUGGAGCUGAGGGGGUGGUUUUGGGGAUGGGUGAGAUUUUUGAGGUUUAAUCUAUUCGGUGAAUUUCUUUGUUUUUGCUUUUCAAGCGAGUUGUUGUAUUUUAGGAUUCAUGUAAUAUGAAUUGAUGGUAUCCUUAUUCUAUCUGGUA